CCGUACAGGCCCCGCCCCGAGUUCCGGCGCUCUAAGCACUACGGGAGAGGCCGAUUGGCGGACGAUGGCUCAGGAGGGGGGCGGGAGCCUGUCCGAGGUGCGAGCCCGGGUGGGGGCCUCACACGGCAUCACCGAUCUGGGCCACAAGCUGCACUUCUAUGACCGCUGGGCUCCGGACUAUGACCAGGAUGUGGCCGCCCUGAAGUACCGCGCCCCCCGCCUCGCAGUGGACUGCCUUACCCAAGCCCUUGCAGGCCCGCCCGAUGCUGCCCUAAUCCUGGAUGUGGCCUGUGGCACCGGCCUGGUGGCUGCUGAGCUGCAGGCUCGGGGCUUCCUCCAGCUGCAUGGGGUGGAUGGGAGCCCAGGGAUGCUGGAAUGGGCGCGAGCCCGUGGCCUCUACCAGCGCCUCAGCCUCUGCGUCCUGGGCCAGGAACCUCUGCCCAGUUCUGAAGGGACCUUCGAUGCGGUACUGAUGGUGGGUGCCCUCAGUGACGGCCAGGUGCCCUGCAGUGCGAUACCUGAGCUUCUGCGAGUCACCAAACCAGGGGGGCUGGUAUGUCUGACCACCAGGACCAACCCAUCCAACCUCCGCUACAAGGAGGCACUGGAGGCCACCCUGGACAGCCUGGAGCGGGCCGGGGCAUGGGAACGCCUCGUGGCCUGGCCGUGGACCAGUGGGAACUGGCCACGUCCGAGCUUGAGGUGCUGCCUAGAGCUUCUGGCAGCGAUGGCUUCAUCUCCGGCAUCGUCUACCUGUACCGAAAGCAGGAGGGGGCCCAGGCAGAGGGAGUGCAGCCCAGUCCGGAGCCCCCAGCUGGCCUCUGACCCUCCGCGUGGCCUCAUCCAAGCCCAUCCGUGGGCUGCCUCCACUUCAUCUGUAAAAUGAGGCCUCUGAGCCAACGUUGCCCAUUAAAUGAGUCCCAAGAGGGGUAGCAGGA